AUGAAGAAAAUAUUUGAGAUGUUAGAUUUAGGGAAGCUGCACUACUUUCUUGGAAUGGAAAUAAAACAAGCAGAAGAUGGGAUUUUCAUAUUCCAGAGAAAGUAUGCAACUAAUUUAUUAACGAAAUUCAACAUGCUGAAUUGCAAGACAGCUCCUACGCUAAUGAAUCUGAAUGAUAAAUUCCAAAAUGAUGAUGGCACUCAAUCAGCUGAUGGAAACUAUUUCAGAAGUCUUGUUGGAGGUUUAAUUUCUCUUAUUCAUUCAAGACCAUAUACUGUUUUUGCUUAUGCAAAAACUCCAGAGUACAAGUUAUAUGGCUUUACUGACAGUGAUUGGGCCAGAUGUUUAGAAGACAGGAAGAGUACAACUGGCUAUGUGUUUAGCUUGGGAUCAGGGGCUGUUACGUGGAGUUCAAAGAAGCAGGCAACAAUUGCACUAUCAACAUCUGAAGCAGAAUAUAUGACGGCAACAGCUUCUACAUGCAAAGUAGUGUGGCUAAGGAAAUUUUUUGGCAGACGUUGGACAAAAACAAGAAGGAGCAACAAUAAUAUUAUGUGA